AUGCAGUCUUCCAGAGAAAUUGCCAAGCAGGUUCGUGCCAGUGGCUCGGGUAAUAGCAGCAACAAUGAAAGCUGUUUUUCGCACCACCGUCUCCCGAGCAUCUUAGGGCUCUUGGACAGCCUUCCUUCUAUGAAACUUGAACUCCCCAAUGAAACCCCAGAAGAAGGCUCUUCGGCCCCUGUGAUGCGUCUAACCAAGGAGCGGGAUUUGUGCAAUGAAACCAGACCCAUCAACCGCGUCGGCUACAACAAGUCCGGUAAAGAAGUUGUUGUUCUCAUGAACACAUAUCCCAUCACGAGAUACCCCACGGAAACUGUUUACCAGUAUGAGGUCAAUACGAUCUCCGGACUUGGCUCCGCACCAGGCGUGGAGCAGGACCGACGCGUUCUCCGGCGAACCUUCAACUGUGAUAGCAGAAAAAGGCUGCUUCCUGAUGCUAUCUAUGAUGGAAUGAGAACUGCUUGGUCGCGCAUUCACCUCCCAAACGGGGUUCAUGAACGCUUCCAGUACACUGGUGGUCAAACUCGGCCUUCUGGUGCCAGGACCAAUGUUCACAUGAAAGAUGUGAUCUUCACCAUGCUGCCCCGACGCAGGAUCAAUCUGGACGUCAUCGGGAAAUGGCUCCAGAAGAAGCGUGACCUGGAUGAAUAUGUGAUCGAGGCUCUUAAUUUCCUCGACCACUUGAUCCGUGAUUGGCCUACCAGAGAAUUCACUGCACACAAGCGGGCAUACUUCUUUCAGAACCUCCAGGAGGAUCCAAAGCAUAGGGACAUUGCCAAUGAGUUUCAUUACUCGCUUGGAGGCUACUCUGGUGCCACAUGUUAUCGCGGAAUUUUUCAGAUGAUCCGACCUUCUGUCAGUGGUCUUUUGCUGAAUCUGGACACUGCUCAUUCCGUCUUCUUUUCUCGUAUCAGCCUUCUCGGUACCAUGAAGGGCAUUCUCAAAUGCGGUACUGACGAGGAGCUUACCAAAAGGCUUCGACCCAAGAUUGAUAACCACCGUGUUCGACACUCGAGCCCAGAUUUUACCAAGCUGAGUAAGAUGCUCAAGGGCCUCCGCGUCCAGCCCGACUAUGAUGAAUGUCCUUUCAAGGAUAAGAGUUUCACCAUUUUUGAUCUUAUUGACGGUAAUUCCACUGAGUUCAAAUUGAGGAUUACCGACAAGGCCACUGGCAGAGAGCAAUCGAUGACUGUGCAGCAAUAUUUCCUUUCGAAGUAUAACAAGCGCCUGGAACAGCCACACAUGUCUCUUCUCAGGAUGACUAACAAGGAAGUCAUCUACCCUGCCGAGCUUCUGGUUAUCAAGAAUCUGCAGCGAUGGCCCUUCAAGCUCAAUGAUCUCCAAACUAGCGACAUGAUCAAGUACACCGCGAAAAGGCCUGAAGUCCGCCUGGAGCAUAUCAGAAAGUGCAAGAAGAUCUUGAGUCACGAGGCUGACCCCAAUCUGAAGCACUAUGGGCUUGAAAUCGGUACCAGUCUGAUCAAGGCCAAGGCUCGUUUGCUCCCCCACCCAGAGAUUCAAUUUGGAGCUUCCAGGCACAAUCCAGGUACGACAGGGAAAUGGGAUCUUCGUGGAAAGAAAUUCUACAAAACCAACGCAGUGCCUCUCGUCUCUUGGGGCAUUGGAUUUUUCGGUGGCAACCGCAACGACUUGAAUUUCAGUCAGGUUCAAGCAUGGCUUGACCUGUUUAUCAAGAGUUACAAGCAGCACGGUGGCCUCAUUGGUAACCGCCCCUUUACCCUCCAGCUCAAGGAAGAUAUCGGCGAGGCAAUGAAUCAGCUCUACACCAAGACCAAAGAGACCUGGAAGGAUGAACCUCAGCUUCUGGUGAUUAUCGUACCCUCAAAGGACGCAUUUUCUUAUCUUCGCAUUAAAAAAUCUGCCGAUUGCCGAUUCGGAGUUCCUUCUCAGGUUUUGCAAUCUGCCCGCUGCAUCGAUAACCGUCCCCAGUACCACUCGAAUGUCCUCAUGAAGGUUAACGCCAAGCUUGGUGGAGUGACUAACCGCAUCAUUCCCACUUCCACUGGGUCAACUCUGCGUGCACGCUCGAUCAUCAUCGGUGGUGAUGUGACUCACCCUGCACUUGGUGUUUGGACCCCGUCCCUGGCUGCCAUGUGCAUCUCCAAUGAUGCUAAUGGGGUUAGCUACAUGGGAGGGUGCGAAUGCAAUGGAGAAAAGGUAGAGAUCAUUUCCAAGGAUAACAUCAGGGGUAUCCUCGGACCUCUCCUUACCCAGUGGAUCAGAACUGUCGGAAACAAGCACUCUCCUAAACAGAUCUAUUACUUCCGUGACGGUGUCUCCGACUCUGAAAUAAAUGGUGUCCUGAACAAGGAAGUUCCCGCCAUCCGCAAGGUUCUGGCCGAAGUCUGUGGUGUACCUCUGUUCACCGGAAAGCUGUGUGUGGUGAUCGCCAACAAGCGCCACCACCUUCGCGCAUUCCCGAACCCAAAAGAUCUCAAGACCUGCGAUCGAAACGGCAACCCCCUCCCCGGUACCCUGAUUGACCGUGAAGUCACAAGCCCGCGUGGAUGGGACUUCCUCCUCUACGCUCACGCCGCGCUUCAAGGAACUGCCCGUCCGGUCCACUAUAAGGUUGUCCUCGAUGAGAUUGGCCACAAGCCCGAGGAGCUUGAGAACAUGAUUUACGAGCAAAGCUACCAGUAUGUCCGGUCUACUACACCCGUCUCGAUUCAUCCUGCGAUUUAUUAUGCGCAUUUGAUCACUGCCCGCGCCCGUCAUCACGAGUCCGUUCCUGUUUCGGACGGUCCACAGAGCGGAGCGAAGAUUCCUCAUGAUCGAUCAAAUUACAAACCAAAGGAUAUCCCCAACAGGCUCAUUGCGAUGAAGGGGUCCUCCAACAAGCUUCCUCUUUCAAUGUGGUGGAUUUAG